GGCGGACUGAGUCAUCAGUGACAGCAGCUAUGGUGUGGUUCCAACAACUGCGCUCGGUACUCGAUCGGUGAUCUGUGCUACGGGCCCGGCCGGGCGUUUUCAGAAAUAAAAGAGAGAAGAGAGAUCGUUGGUUGAGCUCAAGCUUCAAGGUCCAUGGAAAUGGAUCAGCAGCGCUCUACGCAGCGCUGGGAGCGACUGCGUCAAGCGGCGGAGAGCAAGGAGUUCUUGAUAGAGAAAACUGAUGAUUCAUGGGACCAUCGGGUGGGGCAUGAUGCAGGUGACGACCUGCUUAUGGAAAGAAGGGAGCCUCUGGUGAGGCGGUGGCGGCGGCUGAAGGCCGUGUCCAUGGUAGUGUUCAGUGGCCGGCCGGCGGCGUACAAGAUGCAAAUAGAGCCUUCACAUCAGCUCGUGGAGUCUCAAACUGAUCAUUUACUAGCGGCAGCUAAGGCAGAUCCUGUGGUGAACCGUCCACAACCAACGACCACCGCUCGGGUACGAGCUUUGCAAUCUCCACGACACACGGACACGGCUAAGUUAAGAAGCAAUAAUCCAGUACCGGAGGUUGUAAUAAUGGAUGUUGCAUCAAACCAUCCACGAUCAACGGAAACAGCUCAGGUACAGGCUUGGCUAUCUCCGCGGCACGCUGCAAAAUCUCCCAAUAAUUCAGUUCCUGAGGUUGUGAUGGAUGUUACAUCAAACCUUCCAAGACCGACAGAAACAUCUCAGCAGGUAGCUGCAGUCCAUGUCCCCACAGUUGAUAAGAUGAAAAAGGAGCAACAGGGGCGUUGCCUCAAAUACUCACAGAAGGCCCUUGGGUUUGCCAUCUGCACGCUCAUUGGAUACGCAAGUGCUGUAUCACUAUCACCCAGCAGCAAUGGUGGCAAUGAUGGCAACGAGGGCAAGAGGGACAACACGACCUUCAAGCUCGCCAUUGCACCCUUCUUCGUUGCCAUCUGCACCGACCUCUUCUCGUUAAAGACGAAGGCAAAGCAGGGCAAUGUCUUGGUCUACCUCUCAUCAUUCCAUCUGAUGCUGAUGAUAUACUUCAUAUUCAUCUCAUUCAACAUGAACUACGCCUACGCCAUUAUCUUCCUUCCUCUAGUGGCUGGUGCCUCCCUCCUUCAACAAAAGAUAUGGCCUGAAGGGCAUCGCCAAAGCACCGAUGAAAAAGUUAGUAAAGACCUAGACAACAUGUUUGACCUAUCAGCUCUUAUCCUCAACUGGAGCACCUUUAUCAGCGCAAUCAUGGCCAUAUUCAGGGACUUGAUUCCUGCUGCUGGGCAAAACCAAUACAUAUCAUUCAGCGCUGUAGGGCUCUUGUUCUUCCUCACUAUCAUUCUAGGGCUCUAUCUGAUGCUGAUCACAACAGUGAGAACUGAGGCACUAAAUCUCCGUGCGAAGUACCUCGAUGUCCUGCUUAUCUGCUUGCUCGUGAGCACUCUAAUCACCGCCUUGAUCAUGUUUAUUAACAAGAAAUAGUUGUAAGCAUCAAAUUCUGUGGUGGAAGACGGAUGCGAAAGUCUUAUGCAGCCAGGUCUAGGUGUCUUGGAAACAAAUUCCACUUGGUGUGCAUAAAUUGUACAUGUACUCUAGCCAUGAACAUUUUGUUGGUGGCUUGCUACUGCAUAAUGAUGUGUUGCAAACUUGCAACUCCCACUCAUCUAUUAUGGAAAGAAAUAGCCCCUGACCCCUUGGCUAUAUGACAUAAAUCGUUACAAAGAGUGAUUGGCGCUAA